AGCAAGCAAGGGUUGGAUUCUAGGGUUUUGGUUAGCCGUCUAGGGUUAUCAAUUUCAACAAUGUCUCAGCUUCUGGGUCGAAUCGCUAAGAUCUCCUCACUUGUGAAGAAGCAGAGACUCUGUUUCAGUGAAUUGCGGUCUUUCUCCACGGCGGCGACGCCGUAUCUGCUUUUCUGUGAGACCAACUACAGGAUGGCGAGGACACCAUUUGGUGGAGCAGUGGUCGACAUUAACCUGUAUGAUCCAAGGAAGAAGGAAACAGUUAAAGUCCCCGACCAAUAUCUGUCCAAGGAGCUCCAAUGUACGAUGAAGAUGGGAUCUUCGAGGGGAUGGGUUGUUGCGAGAAACAUAUUCGACUCCACAUUGCAUCUCACUAAUAUCUUCAACCCUUGUGCCUCUGUUUCGUCACAUAAGGUUAUCACUCUGCCUCCAUUGGAGGAUGAUGCUAAAGCUCGUAUCUCCAGUAUCUCUCUCUCAGCCUCCCCAGACCAGAAAGAUUGUAUAUUGGCAGCCAAGUCCUCUAGUAGUCCAUUCCUCAGCCUGUGGCGGCCUGGUGACUCGGCUUGGACACGCAUCAAGGUCCCGUUUCCUGCCUCCAAGGUGAUAAUGUAUUCUGCGAGAGACCGCAAGUUCUAUCUCCUCCCAAGGGAGAGUAAGGAAGAGUAUGAGGGUCCCAUUGAUCUCAUCAACACUAGCUCCGACGACUUCCCUCAGGUGACUCUGUACCAGAGAUUCCCUAACUCUGACAUCCCCGUGAGUAGACAAGAACAGCUUGCCUCCACUAUCAAGAGUCAAUACCUGGUCGAGUCACCUUCUGGCGACUCCUUCAUCGUUUACUGGUAAAUUCAUCAUCCCUCUUGCCUUUGCAGAAACCUAGUGUAAGAAGGGAUAGAAUGUAAGAGAAGGAGGUGUGUGGGUUAUAAGGCAUGGAACAGUGUGAAAUAGAGAGAAGAAUAUGUGCUUGUGCUUGCUCUUCUGACUUAUGAUCACUUUAAUCUGUGCAUUGUUGUAUUACAUGGUGUAAUUUACACCUGAUGCAGUUUAC